AUGGCGGGGCUGCAGGCGGGCAGGAAGAUCUUCACCAUCAAUGAGGACCUGGUGUUCCUCAGGCCCUUCCAGGAGGUGGCGACCAUGAUCAACCAGGCCUUCUGCAUCCGCCGCUCCCUACGCCUGCUGGUCAACACCAAAGCCAAGGAGUGAGUACAAUAGUAUGCAUGCACACACAGGCAUGUGUACACACACACACACACACAAGUGUCCUCUACACACCUACACUAGUGGCAGUCGGUGCUGUUUAAGAUGAGCGAGGACGAUUAUUUUUUAAUGAGCAUGGCCUUAUUUCUAUUACAGCAUAUUGGAAGACGGUCAUAUUCGAUUCACCCAGAUGAAUGUAACACCAAUAGGUUUAGGUUACUACAUGAUACUCAAAUUUUCCCUAUACCCAUCAUGAGGUUGCUACAACCUAGCCUAUGAAUGAAAGUUUACAACGUAGGUGCACAGGUCGAGAGAAAUUUGAGUAUUCAAGGUGACAGACAUUGACACAUUCAAUACUGCCUUGCACAAUCUUGCCUGCAUCUAGCUGAUCUAGGGUGUAAUCAUUGGUCCUCUGUAGCUCAGCUGGUAGAGCACGGCGCUUGAAACGCCAAGGUAGUGGGUUCGAUCCCCGGGACCACCCAUACACAAAAAAAUGUAUGCACGCAUGACUGUAAGUCGCUUUGGAUAAAAGCGUCUGCUAAAUGGCAUAUUAUUUAUUAUUAUUAUUAUUAUUAUUAUUAUUAUUAUUAUUAUUAUUUAUUAUAUUAUUAUUAGUCCAACCGUUGCAAACAAGAGUUUCUAUUGGACAUUGCUUCUGUUUAAGAAACGUUUUUCAACAGAAUAGGCGGAAUGAAUACACCCCUGAUCAUACGCAAACACAGUUCAAUUUCAUAUAGGGGUGUGCCGAGUAAUCAGACAAAACGAGUAUCGUAACAGAUAUGGGCAAUUUUCUGCAUACGAUUACAUAGCCGCAGGAAGUAGGGGUGCUGAGCAUGCUGCAGCACCCCCUGAAAAAUCGGAAUUUAAAAAAUAUAUAAAUAAAAAAGUUUAUUUCUUCACAAAAGUAGUUCACUUUGGCUUCUGCUCAGAUGGAUGAAGCCAGCGGGGAACACAUGCAGCACACAGACACCACCGGCUACAGACCUACCGCACAUCUUACUUGCGGUGGUGUAGUGCUAUUUUUGUAGAUGAGGGAGCGCAAAGAAUAUGUAAAUGACGCCAUAAUUUCCUCAAUCAAAGUUUGUACUGACAACCCUGUUCCUGGAUCGCUACUGUCCUGUAGGGUUUCAAUCCAACCCCAGUUGUAACUAACCCCAUUCAUCGUAUAAACCAGCUAAUUAUUAGAAUUAGGUGUGCUAGAUUAGGGUUGGAAUGAAAACCUACAGGAUGGUAGCUCUCCAGGCACUGGGUUGGGGAUCCCUGUUAUAAAGUAUUCAUAAAAUGUAUCCAAUUGCAACGUCUACCUAUGACCACACAUAUUGUCUCAAACACCAAGUUAGGCAUACCUAUAGGCCAUCAUCACUGUCAAUCAUGAAUUAUAAUUAUUCACGUUUUACCGGUGAAACUGCCAACAUGCCAAUCAUUUGAUUGCGCAGAAUUAGUUUCAUGGGAAUAGCCUAUGCAUUUCGAUCUUCUUGAAUUACUGUUUUUGUGAGCGAAUUACAGCAGAUGUUAACAAACUAUUAGCCUCUUUUGUAUUUUGUUUCAAUCAAAGCAUAUAUCCUGCCUAUAGUUUUUGCGUAUUAUAUAUAUUUUUUUACUUUUCAGCUAAAGCUAACGUUCCUAAAAUCUUAUUAGAAAUUAGGUGUAAUUAAUCGUUAUGUGAACUUGCAAUACAUUGAUUCAGCUUUGAUCUAACUUGACUAAACGAGCACCAUUAUGAGAAGUGAUAAUCUUCUAUUUAUUAUAAUAAUAAUAAUCAUAAUAAGGGAUAAGUAGGACUAUUAGGUGUAUAGGUAACAGAUCUUGAUGAGUGUUGUUUUAAACGAUUGGAGCGCCCUUUGUGGCUCUAAUAUGGAGGACUAAAAGUGCCACAAUUAAAUAAAUAAAUACACCAUUAAAUAAUUACUUAAAUGUGUCAUUAAUUAAUUCAAAUUAGAAUUAAAUACAUAAAUGUGUAAUUAAAUGUAUCAUUAAUUAAUUCAAAUACCGAUUCAUUUUAUGUAAAAUACAUAUAUAAUAAUUUCACUAUUUACAUUUACAUUUCAUGGUCCUGCGUUGGAGUGCUUCCUGAAUUACUUAAAACUGUCAAACUGACCCAUCAAAAGUUGGUAGGCGGAACCUAACGCCUGAUUGGUUACCCUCUGCAUCAAGCCAAGACAAAUCAAUUCCGGAUAAUGUCAGCAGGUCCUGCUUCUACAUCCUCUGCUAAGUUUAAAAUGUCUCUAACCAACUCCCUGGAAAGUUCACGGAGAUCCUCCAUUGUCUCUAUCCAGGUUGGCCUACUCUACUUCAGACCAAAGCAAUGGAUCGGACUAGAUUCGCGUUAGCCCCGCCCACUGACUUUGAUGGGUCAGUUUGACAGUUUUAAGUAAUUCAUGAAUCACUGCAAUGCAGGAUCAUGAAAUGUAAAUGUAAAUAGUGAAAUAAUUAUAUAUGUAUUUUACAUAAAAUGAAUCGGUAUUUGAAUUAAUUAAUGAUACAUUUAAUUACACAUUUAUGUAUUUAAUUCUAAUUUGAAUUAAUUAAUGACACAUUUAAGUAAUUAUUUAAUGGUGUAUUUAUUUAUUUAAUUGUGGCACUUUUAGUCCUCCAUACUCUAAAAGGACAGAUUUGAUUUAAUUAGCUUGAGCACAUGGUUACAAUAUACCCUAUUACAGAAUAAAGUAAAACAGAUGUUGCUAGGGAGUAAUCAUGUUAGGGACAAUAUAAGAUGAAUCGCCAAAAAUGUAAUUUUUGUAUUGGCAAUCCUGGUUAGAGGUAACAAUCCUUUGCAUGAACUGCCUACAUUAUUACGAAUAUUAUUUGUUAAUUAUGGAUGUUAAGAUACGCAGGAUUUUACAUACAGUGAGCAACAUAAUUCAUUGGACAGUGACCAUUAUUUUGUUAUUUAUGUAACACCCUGGCUCUGGGACUCUAUAUGUUGAGCCAGGGUGUGUUCUUUCUAGUUUGUUUAUUUCUAUGUUGGCCUGAGUGACUCCCAAUCAGAGGCAACGAGUGUCAGCUGUGGCUGGUUGUCUCUGAUUGGGAGCCAUAUUUAAACUGUCUGUUUUUCCCUUUGUGUUUGUGGGUUCUUGUUCCGUGUUGGUCUAUGUUACCUAGGACGUUACGAGUGGUUUGUUGUUUUUGUUUACUGUCCGUGUUUAUCGCUAAUGAUAAAUAAACAUGUUCGUUCAUCACGCUGCGCCUUGGUCCUCCUCUCUUAACGACGAUCGUGACAAUUUAGGUUCUGUACUCUAGCACUUUGAGUUGGAAAGGAUACAAUGACAAUGAGGGUGAAGUGCAGACUGACAGCUUUAAUUUGAGGGUAUUUUCAUACAUUUAGAAAUGACAGCACCUUUUGUACAUGGUCCCCCCAUUUUAAGGUACUGCAAGUAUUUGUUAAAUUGGCUUCACAGAUGUGUGUCAUUAGGCAGGUGUAUUCAUUUGUGUCGUUAGUGAAUGCAGGAGAGCUGUUUAUGAAUAGUAUUGAUUCUAGACUUUGCUAUUGCCUUUGGAGGUUAUGUUUGGGGUGUGACAACAUGAGGAAGACUGCAGUGUCGAUGCAAAUGAAGCUGGCCGUCAUAACGCUCAGAAAUGAAAAUUAAUCAAUCAAGAACAUUGCAAAAACCCUGGCCAUGCCCAAGUCAACAGUUUGUUUCAUCAUUAACAAGAAAAAAACUACCGGUGAACUCAAUUAUGUGAAAAGACCUGGUAGACCGAGGAAGACCACUGUAGUGGAUGACCGAAGAAUACUCUCUAUAGUGAAGAAAACCCCCCUGACAACAGCCCAACAGAUCAGAAACACUCUCCUGGAUGCAGGUGUAGAUGUGUUAAAGUCUACCAUACAUAGAAGACUACACCAGCAGGACUACAGAGGGUACACUACAAGAUGCAAACCACUGAUAAGCAGUUUGCUAAAAAGCACCUAAAAGAGCCCCAAGAGUUAUGGAAAAAAGUAUUGUGGACAGAUGAGACAAAUAUUAACAUGUACCAGAGUGAUGGAAAGAGGAAAGUGUGGAGAAAAAAAAGAAAUGCCCAUGAUCCAAAGCAUACCACCUCAUCUGUGAAACAUGGUGGAGGGGGUGUUAUGGCUUGGGCCUGUAUGGCUGCCAGUGGAACAGGCUCACUUAUUUUAUCUGCUCAGAUAAAACCAAAUGCCUCCAAACUCAUUGGACGGCACUUCAUCAUGCAACAAGACAAUGACCCUAAACAUACUGCUAGAGCAACGAAGGGGUUUUUGAUGGCCAAAAAGUGGAAAAUCCUUGACUGGCUGAGUCAAUCACCGGAUCUGAAUCCAAUUGAACAUGCAUUUUACAUGCUGAAGAGGAAGCUGAAGGCAAUAAGUCACUGAAACAAGCAGGAACUGAAGAUGGCUGCAGUACAGGCCUGGCAGAGCAUCACCAGGGAGGAUACCCAGCGUCUGGUGAUGUCGAUGCAUCGCAGACUUCAAGCAGUCAUUGCAUGCAAAGGAUAUACGACCAAAUAUUAACAAUGAUUACUUUAUUCUACAUUAUGUUAAACUGUCCAAUGUUUUUUGAUGCACAAAAAUGGGGGGGACCAUGUACAAAAGGUGCUGUCAUUUCUAAACGGUUCAUCCGAUAUGUAUGAAAAUACCCUCAAAUUAAAGCUGACAGUCUCAUUGUCACCCUCAUUGUAUCCUUUCAAACUCAAAGUGCUAGAGUACAGAACCAAAUUUUUUUUUUAAAUGGUCACUAUCCAAUGAAUUAUGGUGCUCACUGUAUAUACACUACCAGUCAAAAGUUUGGACACACCUAAUCAUUCCAGGGUUUGUCUUUAUUUUUAAAAAAAUUUACAUUGUAGAAUAAUAGUGAUGACAUCAAAACUAUGAAAGAACACAUAUGGAAUCAUGUAGUAACCAAAGAAGUGUUAAACAAAUCCAAAUAUAUUUGAGAUUCUUCAAAUAGGCACCCUUUGCCUUGAUGAUAGCUUUGCACACUCUUGGCAUUCUCUCAACCAGCUUCAUGAGGUAGUCACCUGGAAUGCAUUUCAAUUAACAGGUGUGCCUUCUUAAAAGUUAAUUUGUGGAAUUUCUUUCCUUAAUGCGUUUGAGCCAAUCAGUAGUGUUGUGAUAAGGUAGGUAUACAGAAUAUAGCCCUAUUUGGUAAAAUACCAAGUCCAUAUUAUAGCAAGAACAGCUCAAAUCAGCAAAGAGAAAUGACAGUCCUUCAUUACUUUAAGACAUGAAGGUCAGUCAAUACGGAAAAUGUCAAGAACUUUGAACGUCUCUUCAAGUGCAGUCGCAAAAACCAUAAUGCGCUAUGAUGAAACUGGCUCUCAUGAGGACCGACACAGGAAUGGAAGACCCAGAGUUACCUCUGCUGCAGAGGAUAAGUUCAUUAGAGUUACCAGCCUCAGAAAUUGCAGCCCAAAUAAAUGCUUCACAGAGUUCAAGUCACAGACACAUCUCAACAUCAACUGUUCAGAGGGGACUGUGUGAAUCAGGCCUUGAUGGUUGAAUUGCUGCAAAGAAACCACAACUAAAGGACACCAAUAAGAAGAAUAGACCUGCUUGGGCCAAGAAACACGAGCAAUGGACAUUAGACCGGUGGACAUUUGUGCUUUGGUCUGGAGUCCAAAUUUGAGAUUUUUGGUUCCAACCGCCGUGUCUUUGUGAGACGUGGUGUGGGUGAACUGAUUAUCUCCACAUGUGUAGUUCCUACCGUAAAGCAUGGAGGUGUUAUGGUGUGGGGGUGCUUUGCUGAUGACACUGUCUGUGAUUUAUUUGGAAUUCAAGACACACUUAACCAACAUGGCUACCACAGCAUUCUGCAGCAAUACGCCAUCCCAUCUGGUUUGGGCUUAGUUGGACUAUCAUUUGUUUUUCAAAAGGACAAUGACCCAACACACCUCCAAGCUAUUUUACCAAGAAGGAGAGGGAUGGAGUGCUGCAUCAGAUGACCUGGCCUCCACAAUCCCACGACCUCAACCCAAUUGAGAUGGUUUGGGAUGAGUCGGACGGCAGAGUGAAGGAAAAGCAGCCAACAAGUGCUCAGCAUAUGUGGGAACUCCUUCAAGACUGUUGGAAAAGCAUUCCAGGUGAAGCUGGUUGAGAGAAUGCCAAGAGUAUGCAAAGCUGUCAUCAAGGCAAAGGGUGGCUAGUAUAAAAUAUAUUUUGACACUUUUUAGGUUACUACAUGAUAUAAAAUAUAUUUUGACACUUUUUAGGUUACUACAUGAUUCCAUAUGUGUUAUUUCAUAGUUUUGAUGUCUUCACUAUUAUUCUACAAUGGAGAAAAUAGUAAAAAUAAAGAAAAACCCUGGAAUGAGUAGGUGUAGCCAAACUUUGACUGGUACUCUAUAUAUAUAUUUUGUAAUAACUAUAUAUAAUGCAAAUCGAGGUGAGGGUGAUGGAAAUGCUUUUGGUGGUUGAUCUGCUUCUGUUCUGUGGGUGGCACUGUGUGCUCUUUUCGAAGGAUUGGUCCCAGUCUCUCCAGGGCCCUGGGAUCCGGGGGGACGGAGGUGGUCUGCUGGUCACUGGGAUAAAAACCCAACUUGGGAUGGGAAGAGGUUUUAGCGGGUGGAAUAGUGGGGAACAAUUGGAGGUUUACUUAGUAGCAAUGCAAAUAUCAUGGUACAGCUAUAUGGACACUCAAUCACUAUGGUACUUUUUAAUGGUGAGUUUACAAACAUAUAUUAUGAUAAAUAGAUUUGAAACUUGGAUCUCAUUAUGGUAAAUGGUGAAAUAAGUAUAGACAGUUAUAAAUGUAAUGGCUUAGCAGAUAAUAAGAAAAGACAAUGAGUAUUUACCUGGCUAAAAGAGAAGGAAUAUAAUAUCUAUCGUUUACAGGAAACUCAUUCAACAAUGUUAGAUGAAGUUGUGUGGAAAAGGACUGGGGGGGUGAAAUAUAUUUCUCCCAUGGGCAAAGAAAUUCAAAAGGGGUGAAUUAUCAACGGGUGAACUAUCAAUUCAUAUAAUGUAUUUGCAUAUAUUUAAUCAUCAAAUAAAUUGGCCGAGUAGUGAACAUAAAUAAUUACUAUGUAGAUUACAGGAAAUUCGUUUUAAAACAGCCAAAAAAUCAAGCUUUUGGUGUAUUCAUGCACUCAAUAUACUUUAACCUAAAUGCAUUAUUACCUUCAACUUGGCCCAAUUCACAUUUCCAAUUUCCCACCCUGACAUAGCCUAACAAGCUAGAACGGGCCCUGCCUCUCAACCAAUAGCCAAUGUAGGCUAAAUAUCCCAAGCAGGGCUACAGCAACUUCCAGAGAGGGUCAGACUCUUGGGCUUUGCGGUGGCCAAUCUGGUUUGGAUGUCCUCGGUAGAAUGGUGUUGCUGUAACCAACUGGUCGUUCUGAGUUCCACUGCACAACAGCAGGUCGGUGGAGUUUUAUGAACAUCAAGGCAGACACUGUGAUUAUCAUUAAUUUUUUCAACGUUCUGAAGCUGUCAAGCCUCCAACAGGCCUCUGCAGUGCACAAAUGUAGCCUACAGUUCUUCAACAUUAGCCAGAGAGAAGACAGGGAAGAAAAUCACAGCACACCCACCCCCAAACUACUUCCUGCGGCUUUGUACGAUUAUGAUCCGAAUAUUUUUUGGAAUUAUCCGUGAUUGAAAAAAGUAUAAAUAAUUUGGGUGCCAGCAAGCGUCUUUAUCGUGUCAGUCAGUUUCUAAACCAUACUGUACUGUCUUCAGUUCAGUCAUGUGCGGUCUAAAUAUCUCAACCUGCUAGUUUGCCUGUCUGUAAAGAGAAGGAUGUGUUGUGCGUUGAUCCUGCUGCUCUGAUUGGAUAGAGUGAAGCUGUAUUUCUCCGUCCAUUCGCUUCAUAAUUUCAGCUGAUCACUUUUCCUCACGUUUCAGUCUGAUCAUUUAGAUUUCUGCUGCCUGCUACUAUGAUAAAUCACAUGGCAAUGAUGUUUGCUAUCAAGCUGGCAAUGUGUGUAAUAUCAAGUGGGGCAAGGGUAGGGAAAAAAUAUUAAACUAAUGUACAUUCUGACUGAGUGACAGCAAACUUGGCUGCCAGCUGCAGGUUGAGGACGCAUACACUGCACGCUGCUCCUGCAGCUUUUUUGCAGUGAGAAAGUGCAGUGAGGUAUUUUGCCAACAUCUAUUUAGGCAUAUUAAAUCACGAUCACGAGUAUCAUCCGAUCCGACUAUCAACUGUCAAUUUACGGAUACGAUUACAAAUAAGAGUAUGGCCAUGUUGGCAACACCCCUACUUUCAUAGCAGCCACAUACAAAUAGCAUGAGCCCUUUGAUCAUUGGAUAAUUUUUUCUCACAUCUACGCUCUCUCCUUUCACCUUUUCCCUUCGCUUGUGGACUUCAGUGCACAAUACAUCAGCUGUCUGUGACCAGGUGAAAAUACCUUUCCAGUCCAAACCUUCAUAUCAUAACAGCUACACACAGCCUACAUCGUUGUCACCAUAUUAGCUAACAUCAAGUCAACAUACUUACUAGAACUAAAGCGUUAGUAAACCGCUACAAUCAUGCAGCACAGUGUACAGUUAGCAAGUAGUUUAGCAGUUACACCGGUGGGUCCCGGUGGCAAUAAAUUAAUAAAAACCAAAAGCUUACUCUGAAUUGGAAGAGUGUUGGAUAGCCAUAGCCAGCUAGGUAACAUAGCAUCCUUCUCUGUUUGAGCCAGGUGUUUGAGUAGGCUACACUAGCUAGCUGCAUUUGCUAGCUAAGUAAGUAAAAGUGAAAAAAAUACUAAAUAUAGCUAGCGCUCUCUCUCUCUCUCUCUCUCUCUUGCUUCUCCUUCAUUUUUGAAGAAAUUAAUUUGUUCAAAACUGUUCAACUUUUGUCUUUAUCUCUCUUUGAGUCAACUACUCACCACAUUAUAUGCACUGCAGUACUAGCUAGCUUUCAGUACUAGAUUAAUUAUCUGAUCUUUUGAUUGGGUGGACAACAUGUCAGUUCAUUCUGCAAGAGCUUUGAUAGGUUGGAGGACGUCCUCCAGAAGUUGUCAUAAUUAUUGUGUAAGUCUAUGGAAGGGGGUGAGAACGACGAGCCUCCUAGGUUUUGUAUUGAAGUCAAUGUACCCAGAGGAGGAUGGAAACUAGCUUUCCUCCGGCUACACCAUGGUGCUACCCUACAGAGUGCUGUUGAGGCUACUGUAGAACUUCAUUGCAAAACAGUGCGUUUUAAUCAAUUAUUUGGUGACGUGAAUAUAUUAAGUAUAGUUUUAUCUAAAAAGGCUAACUUUUUUAAUGCUUCACUAUUUUAUGAAAUUCACUGAGGAUGGUCCUCCCCUUCCUCCUCUGAGGAGCCUCCACUGACCUACACACACAUGUAUUUCUCACGCACACACACUCUCUUGUUGUUAUAGGAUUGUGAAGAUUCCAGACACUCCCGAUGCCCUGUCCUUCAAACUCGGUGGCUCUGCCCCACCUCAUGUACACGCAGUAAGGAAAGGUGAGUAACAACCGCUCUGAUUGGGGAAAGGGAAAGGGGGAUACCUAGUCAGUUGUACAACUGAAUGCAUUCAACUGAAAUGUGUCUUCCGCAUUUAACCCAACUCCUCUGAUUCAGAGAGGUGUGGGGGGCUGCCUUAAACAACAUAGAAUUAUAGGAUGAGGCGUUACCUGCCAUGCACCUGUUUGCUUCAAUUCCAGUUUCUUGAGGCUCUGCUUUUUAGGACCACAUGUUCGCCAGGCUAGGGUCAAAGUAAAAAAUAUAUAAAAGACAGCGCCACCCCCCACACAGAACCUAACUCAGGUGCGCUGCCUGCUAGGCAGAUGUUUAUAUAUAAAAAAAUAACGCAAAAGAAGAAGGAAAAAAACAGAUUUACAAGGGAUGGGUCCAAAUGUGUAAAACAGUUGGAUGAGGAAGGAGGAAAUAUGGCCGCCGACUCUUUUCUGCAGCAUCAAGGGAGAAGGAGUCACGACCCGGGGUCUUGCUUCUCUUUUAUUAUGUCAGAGGGAGCUCAUGCACUCUGUGACAUGGCUGCACACACACACACACACUAGAUCACACAAACACACGAACAAACACACACAUGCAGGCUCUUUUCAGUUACUGGCCCCAUAGGAGUUUCUGAAUGAUGAUGUCAUACUCCCCAGCUCCCUCUCUCCUCCUAAAUCAGGAUCCUGGUUGACAGCUAGGAUUGGGUUUGCUUGGGUUGGCUGCUAAACUGAAGUUAUGGCGUCGUGUGCUUUGUGUGAGGUGGAUGACCGGGGAAGUGAUGCUAGGGCUGGUAUUUUUAAACGGGACAGGAGAUCUGUUCUUAUUUUAGGGCACAGCUAAAGUGUUACCAGACAAGUUAUUUGAGGACCAAAAUAAUAUAGGAACUAUAAUUAUUAUUAUACACAUAGCUUUAUAAUAAUAUUAUAAUGAUAAUAAUAAGUGCCAUAUAGCAAUGCUUUUAUCCAAAGCGACAUACAGUCAUGUGUGCAUACAUUUUAAGGAUGGGUGGCCACAGGAAUCGAACCCACAACCCUGGUAUUGCUAAUGCCAUGCUCUUCCAACUGAGCCACACACCUAUCUACUUCUUUGAUGAGCAGAUGGUCUUGGAUAGGCCUUAUUCUCUGAUAAUGAUAAAUAGGUUCUUCAUCUUUCCAAAUAAAAUAGAAUAAACUAAAUAUUUACAGAAUGGACCAAAUAGAUAACGAUACGUUGUUUUUCUAUAAUAACAGCAUGUGUACAUUCAUUCAACAUGCAUACAUUCUGUGACAUUGGUGGGUACAGGAUUACACAUAAGAACUGUGUCCCCGCCCACUUUAACCCCUGACCCCUGUGUGAUUACAGGGUCAGAGGCGGCGUUGGCAGGCCUCCAGCCAGGUCAGUGCAUCCUGAAGGUGAAUGGCAACAACAUGAACCAUAGCGACUACAAGGAGGUCCUGGAGCACUUCACCUCCUCCCACCGCGACCAACAGGAACAGGACGACAUGGUGAGACACAGUGUGCGUGCAGAGCCGUGGUCCAGCGGUAACACUACCGGCUCUGUACACACAUGGGACGCCCUGCUGAAUACCAGGGUGCAAUCCCUGUCUCAUCCCCCCUCUGAUUCUUACUGUCUGUGUUUUAAUACUGUAUGCACAAUAUUAGGGAAACAUACAUGAUCAAAGAUUCAACCAAGAUGGCAUUAGCCUAAUGUAACAUUGCUACUUUUACCAGUGUCAAGAUGUUUUUCCAUCAAACUAGUGUGUUCCCUUCUACAGUGUCACAUGCAAGGUUUUGGCUGAUUUUGGUUUAAUGCGUCACAACCAGGGUUCUUCCUCAUCCUCAAUUUCACUCUUCUAUUGUUUACAGUGAACUGCCAAUAUUCCUACUUUUCCCCUCAUUUUUAUUUUCCUACUAUGUCAAAUAUAUUGGCUUUAUCCAGCUUAGGACAGUGCAGGGUGUGCUAUGGAGUUCUUUCAUUAGGUGCUCCUGUGUUGAUGUUUACUCUGGCUCUUCUCCUCUUGUCCAAUCCCCUGCUUUGUUGAUGUUUACCCUGGCUCCUCCUGUCCAAUCCCCUGCUUUGUUGAUGUUUAACCUGGUUUAACUCUGUUUGGAGCACAUCUUAAUGUCUCUUUUACUUCAUUCACACACAACUGGUUCUUGCCAGUGUUUUUUGUACCAGUGCCAUGUUCUGUGAGUCAAUGCCAAAGAAGCACUUGUACUCUUGCACAGAAACAUAGACACACACACUUGAAUGUAUGCACGCAUAUUAUACACCUAGAGAUAGACACACACACACAUCAGUGUUUGACGCUAGUGUGUCCCUCCCUGUGUCCUGUCAGUGUCAGUGGGUGUACCGUGCGUUUGAGGACGUGGAGGAGGAGGGGGGCUUGUUCAGGACCUGCCCAGCAGAGAACGGCUCAGACAUAGAGGAGGAGAAUGGCAGGAACGGAACAGGUACUGUACACCACCUCACCACAGGAGUGUGUGGUGUGUGCGUGAGAGAGAAAUAAUCGGAACGGAGCAGGUACCUUACACAACCUCACUAUAGAAGUGUGUGUUCGUGCCUGCGUGUCUGUCUGCCAACAGGUGUGUACUUGAAAGUAUGCACUCAAAAGCGUCCCUUUGUGUUCCAUCCAGACUACAGGGGGGGCCUGAGCCGGCUGUCUCUGUCUGAUGACACAGUGCCCCUGGUGAGCAUGACGGUGGACAACGUGCACCUGGAGCACGGCGUGGUGUACGAGUAUGUCAGCACAGCCGGCAUCAAGAGCCACGUCCUGGAGAAAAUGGUGGAGCCCAAGGGCUGCUUCAGCCUUACUGCCAAGGUACAGCACACGUCCACUGAUUUUUGUGGCGUUAGCAUGCUCACACUGCUCUUAGUAUUAGUGCGCUAGCAACAGUGUGUGGUUUACUGCUGAAGUACAUGAUGGAGCUCAAAGCUGCUUCAGCCUCACCACCAAGGUACAGCACAUGUCCAUUGUUUUUGUAGUAUUAGCAUGCUAACACUACUCUUAUCAUGCUAGCAGCAGUGUGUGGUUUAGUUUCCCGUUUUUUUGUCACGUACACUAGCACAGUGAAAUGAUUUUGUUGCUUGCUCUUUCCCAACAAUUCAGUAAUAAAACAAAUUGUCAAUAAAACAAAUUGUCAAACAAAAACACACGAGAAAUAGAAAUAGGAAGAAAAGGAAUAAGUAAGAAACAUGUAUACAGGGUCAGUGCAAAUACCACAUUUACAAGUGGCAGGGAUAGAUAUGUAUAGGGGUAAGGUGACUUGGUAUCAGGAUAGAUGAUAAACAGUGUAGCAGCAGCGUAUAUGAUGAUUGUAUGUGAGUGCAUGUUUGUAGAGUCAUUAUGAAUGUGUGAGAGUGUAGAAUGUGCCUAGAGACUAUAAAAUAGAAGGGUCAAUGCAGAUAGUCACUGUAGCAAUUUUGUUAGCUAUUUAGCAGUCUUAUGGCUUGGAGAUAAAAGCUGUUCAGGAGCCUGUUGGUGUCAGACUUGCUGUGCGGAAGCAAAGAGAACAGUCUAUGACUUGGGUGGCUGGAGUCUUUUAACAGUUUUGCGGGCCUUCUUUUCACACCGCCUGAUAUAGAGGUCCUGGAUGGCAGGGAGCUCGGCCCCAGUGAUAAUAAUAAUAAUAUAAUAUGCCACUUAGCAGACGCUUUUAUCCAAAGCGACUUACAGUCAUGCGUGCAUACAUUUUUGUGUAUGGGUGGUCCCGGGGAUCGAACCCACUACCUCGGCGUUACAAGCGCCGUGCUCUACCAGCUAAGCCAUGUAAAGCCAUGCAAUCGAGGGUGGAGCAGUUUCCAUACCAAGCAGUGAUGCAGCCAGUCUAGAUGCUCUCAAUGGUGAAGUUGUAUAACUUUUGCCAAAUCUUUUCAACCUCCUCGGGGGAAAGAGGCGCUGUCUCGCCUUCUUCACGACUGUGGACCAUUUAAAGUCCUUAGUGAUUUGGUCUCCGAGGAACUUGAAGGUCUCAACCCGCUUCAUUGCAGCCCCGUCGAUGAUGCUGCUAACUAUGUUGACUAACAAAAUCACUAUUUUAGUAGUUCUUUAAAGUAAAGAAGGCAUACUUUUAUGACUGCUGAAUACCAAUUAUCAAUCGAUUAGAUCAUGUUUUUCAGAUAGAGAUACCUCGCGAAGCAACUGCUCUCUAUCCCUCUCGAUUGCGCGUUCUUCUGUGUCUGCGUGCCCUGCAUAGACCGGACAAAUAGGCGUGCAGUGGAUUAUGGUCAUUGUAGUUAAUCACCAUGUUUUCUGUGCUUAAACUAUAUAGAAUAUUGGCCUGUUGGAAACUCCCUACCAAAUCGCACAGUUUGGGCUUGAUCGGAUUUAUCUCUAGAGAAACUGUGCAUUGAGCUCACAGAAAAACGAAUGAAAUUGAAUUCAAAUAAUUGAACGGACGUCAAUUAAUUGUUUAAAAAACAAAAAGUAACUUACUUUUUUGUUAAUCGCUCAGCACUAGCCUGAAGGCUUCUUCAGCCUUACCGUCAAGGAACAGGAAAUGUCCAUUGUUGUUGUAGUCUCCUAGCAUUAGCAUAAGCACUUUGGUUUGUCUUUACUGCAUAGCCACAGCCAUGAUUUUCUACCAUUAGCAUUUAUGACGAAAACAAUAGGAGUGAAUAGUUCCCAGGUUGCGUCAUGCUCUUCUCUCCAUGCAGAAAUCACUUCAAAUAACUUAAACUUGAAGACGUGAACCCAAUGGGACUUAAAACAUCCACUCUGCCCUGUCAGAUCCUGGAGGCCUUUGCAAGUGACGACAGUCAUUUUGUGCGUAACUGCAGCCAGCUGAUCUCGCAGAGCGAACGCGUGGUGUCCAUGUCCCAGUUUGAGUUCAGGAACAUCUGUGAUACCAAGCUGGAGAGCAUCCGCCGGCGAAUCAGCAGAUACCAGCAGGUACAGGAACUACAGGAUCCCUCUAUCAUAGCCCCUUUCUAGUGCAAGAGCAGCUACAAAUGUCUUCAAGUUCUCUCUCUCUCCCUCUCUCUCUCUCUCUUUCUCCUUCUCCACCCCCCACCACACACACACACACACACACACACAGACACUCAGAUCAGCAGCAAGUAUUGAUCCAUCAUUAUGUAAUAGCGGUAAAUAUAAAAAAAUUCAUUAGCUGUGGUUGUUUUCAGUUUGCUCAGGAGCUGAGGAACAAGGCGUGCCCCACGUUCAAGCAGGCCGGCGUGCUGCCCCACCCGCUGGGCUGCAUGGACUUUGUGCCCACCAACUGCCACGUCAACCUGAUGCAGGUGUCCUACCCCAAGACCACCACGGUGUCUGGCAGGGCCUUCAGCAUCCGCUUCGGACGCAAGAACUCCUUCUUCGGCCUGGACCCCGACCAAGGUGAGGCGAGAAGACGAUACAGAGCAGAUGUGUUUGUGUGAAUUAAUUAAUUAAUUACAAAUUAAAAGCUGAAAUGUCUUGAGUCAAUAAGUAUUCAACCCCUUUGUUAAGGAAAGCCUAAAUAAGUUCAGGAGUAAAAAUGUGCUUAACAAGUCGCAUAAUAAGUUACAUGGAUUUUUGAAUGACUGCCUCAUCAUUGACCACAAAGACCAGGGAGGUUUUCCCAUGCCUAGCAAAGAAGGGCAACUAUUGGUAGAUGGGUAAAACUAGAAAAGCAGACAUUGAAUAUCCCUUUGAGCAUGGUGAAGUUAUUAAUUACACUUUGGAUGGUGUGUCAAUACACCCAGUCACUACAAAAGAUGCAGGCGUCCUUUCUAACUCAGUUGCCGGAGAGGGAGGACUUUAAAACAUGUACAGAGUUUAAUGACUGUGAUAGGAGAAUAUCCCAAAACAUUUAUCCUGUUUGCAACAAGGCACUAAAGUAAUACUGCAAAAAAAUUGGCAAAGCAAUUAACUUUUUGUCCUGAAUACAAAGUGUUAUGUUUGGGGGCCAAUACAACACAUUACUGAGUACCACUCUCCAUAUUUUCAAGCAUAGUGAGAGUGAGAAUUUCUUCACUUACUUAGCUAGUGAAUGCAUCUAGCUAGUUUAGCCUACUCAAACAGAGACGGAUGCUAUGUUACCUAGCUGGCUAUGGCUAUCCAACACUGGAACUCUUCCUAGUUUAGCAGUUACACCGGGGCCCACUGGUGUAACUGCUAAACUGCUUGCUAACUGUACACUGUGCUGCAUGAUUGUAGCGGUUUUCUAAUCUGUUAGUUCUAGUAACUACAGUAUGUUGACUUGAUGUUAGCUAAUAUGGUGACAACGAUGUAGGCUGUGUGUAGUGCUUAUGAUAUGAAGGUUUGGCCUAGAAAGGUUUUUUCACCUGGUCACAGACAGCUGAUGUGUUGUGCACAAGCGAAGGGAAAAAAUGAGAGCUUGAUGCAAGAAGGAAUUAGCCAACGAUCAAAGGGCUCAUGCUAUUUAUAUGUGGCUGCUAUGAAAGUAGGGGUGUGCCAACAUGGCCAUACUCUUAUUUGUAAUCGUAUCCGUAACUUGAUAGUUGGAUCGGAUGAUACUCGUGAUUGGUAAAACACGGAAGUGUUUUAAUAUGCCUAAAUAGCUUUACAUUUACAUUUUAGUCAUUUAGCAGACGCUCUUAUCCAGAGCGACUUACAGUUAGUGAGUGCAUACAUUAUUUAUUUUUUUAUACUGGCCCCCCGUGGGAAACAAACCCACAUCCCUGCCGGCCAAACCCUCCCCUACCUUGGACGACGCUGGACCAAUUGUGUGCCGCCCAUGGGUCUCCCGGUUGCGGCCGGCUGCGACAGAGCCUGGACUCGAACCAGGAUCUCUAGUGGCACAGCUAGCACUGCGAUGCAGUGCCUUAGACCACUGCGCCACUCGGUAGUCAUGUUGGUAAAAUACCUCCCUGCAUGUUCUCACUGCAAAAAGCUGCAGAAGCAGCGCGCAGAGGGAUGUGUAUGUCAGUGGUAUAAAGUACUUAAGUAAAAAUACUUUAAAGUACUAAAGUCGUUUUUCGGGGUAUCUGUACUUUACUUUACUAUUUAUAUUUUUGACAACUUUUACUUCACUACAUUCCUAAAGAACAUGAUGUACUUUUACUCAAGUAUGACAUUUGGGUACUUUUUCCACCACUGGUGUAUGUGUGUCUGUCUGUCCUCAACUUGCAGCGGCCAGCCAAGUUUGCUGCAAAAAUAGCACUACACCACCUCAAGUAAGAUCUGCGGUAGGUCUGUAGCAGUCUAAUCACAGUUGAGUUUUGCCAACAAUAGCCAAGAUCCCCUUUACAACAUUACGCAGAGCUAGCCUAUAAGCCACCUUAAAGCUUCAAACGAAGAGAUCAUUUCAACUAAUUACCCCCUUUGACCAAUUAAAUCCCACAGUACAAAUUACUUUAUGAGCUCUUGUGAUGAACCAAACUGAGUACAUUAGCCUUUAGCCGCAUAUAGUGACAACUUUCACAGUAAAUUAGCAGUAAAGUGGUCGUAAUCCCACCACUCUAAUCGUCUCUAUCAGUUGCCCAUUAAACCUCCAUUAGCCUCAGGCGACCCCCACGCCGAUACGUGUAGCCAUCCUCUCUGUGGGUGUUGGUUAGUAAUGUCAUCAAAGCGGUCCCUCCAAGGCACCAAGGAUGGGAUAUUCUUCAGAAAGUGAGGGGGAGAUAAGGAGAGGGGGAGAAGGUGAUCAUUGGAUUACUUUACUGUAGAGGUGUUUAGGUGGACAGGGAAAGAGAGAGGGAAUGACAGAGAAGAGGGAGAGAAACAGAGAGAGACGACAGAGACGGUUAUAGAGUCGGCAGGAGAGAUCUUUUACAGGUGUAGCCUUUGGCCCAUCCCCAGAAUUAAAUAGAACAGUAUGUAUCUCUAUGGGCCCAUCUGGUCCUCCUGUCUAUGUUUUGUCGGUCUCUGCGGUUUCAGUAGCCUGCCGUUCGGCCUGUCACAUGGGCCGCUCUGCCACAGCUCAGAGAAACACUAAGACAGGGGAAGAAACAGAGGAAGCUGCAACAGACAGCCAGCCGUCUGACUGGAAGAUUAGCAUUGUUAGUAUUGUUUCAACCUUCCUCCCUCCUCUGUUCCUCGACUUAAUCGUAGCCUGUGCUAUUAUGUGCUAACAUUACACCCUCAGGCUCCAAGAUCAGGAAGUAGAAUUGUGAAUUAGUUUUCACUGUGUUUUUAUCAUGUUCUAGGCAUUUCGUAGUCCCCUGUAGCUCAGUUGGUAGAGCAUGGCGCUUGCAACGUCAGGGUUGUGGGUUCGUUUCCCACGGGGGGGGGGGGGGCAGUAUGAAAAUGUAUGCACUCACUAACUGUAAGUCGCUCUGGAUAAGGGCGUCUGCUAAAUGACUAAAAUGUAAAUGUAAAUUUCUUCAUGACUCUCAAGGCAGUAGAAUGUACAUAGAACAGCAAUAUGUAUAUAGUCCUUUUUAUAAAAGCACUCUGUUUUUGUCAAAAUGAUAGGUUGUAUAUUCACCAGAGUAUUAUUGUGUAUGAAGGCUGAACAUGUGGUGUAGGUAUAGGUCUCUGGAAAUGAAAGUUCAUUGUCUCUCCCUCUCUGUCCCUCUCUUUCUUCCCUCCUCUCUAUUUUUACCUCUGCUUUUCUGACAUCACGAUAUGAAGUGUAGCUUUUCUGAUAAAAAAAUCUUACUUCCAGUUGAAAAAUAUAGAUACUUAUUUUAAUACUCUUUCACUUCCUUUACUUUUCUUUGCCUCUUUCUUUAUCUAUUUAUUUUCUCUCUCCCCACAGCUAACCUGAACCCCAUGUCCCACACCCAGCACUGUGUGACCAGCAUGGGCGCCCCGUCUUACAGCUGCAGUGAUCUUGGGGAGGAGGGGGAUGGUGAGGAGGACAUCGAGGGCUCUGGAGAGGGCAUCCCAGACAGGAUACAGCAGGCCCACCGGGGGAAUGGCCUCAGCUUCCUGCUCAAACAGGAGGACAUGGAGACACAGGACGCCUACAUCCGCCUCUACAGCCGCCUGAACAUCGCUGUGCGAGAGAUGAGGCAGUACGUCACCCAAAUAGACGUGUAAGUACACAUAUAUGAAAAUCCUUGCGAAGUACCUACUGUACGUCAGGGAUCUCAAUCCGGUUGCCCUCGAGCCAGACACGGCCCGCGAGCUCAUUUAAUGUGGCCAAAUAUACAGUGGGGUUCCGAAAUGUUUGCCACCCUUGAUAAAGAUGAAUACAAAUUACUGUAUAAACCACAGGUUUUCAAUGGGUUUCAAGUCUGGAGACUGAGAUGGCCAUUGCAAAAUGUUGAUUUUGUGGCCAAUUAACCAUUUCUAUAUAUAAUUUCUCAUUUUUUUAGCAUACAAUAUACUUUAGCUCAGUAUUUAUCAAGGGUGUCAAAGAUCUCUGUUAUUAUUCUGCAUGAAAAUGGAAGGCUGGAAGGCCAAGAUAUUAUUGAACCAUUGUCCCCAGACAGUCUUCCUGAGGCCCAGCCCUGUUUGUCCGGCUGCCCUUUUUGCUUGUUUAAAGGAAAGAGUCACCCAUUUUGAAUAUUAUAUCGUAUUUGUGCAUGUCUAAAAGAUGCUCUAUCGAUUCCUGGGGUCGUUUUAUGUAUUCAUGUAUAUAUAAGCUAUUCGCCGUUCAAUCAGGCAGAAAUACAGCUGGUAUGAUGUGUUUUGCUUCAAAUGAUGCGUUAUUCCGGCUGUAUUUCUGCCUUCUUGAAUGGGAAUAGCUCCGAUACACAUUCCCUCUCUCUCUCGCUCUCUCUCUCGUAAACGGGCAAAUUCUUCAGUCCAAAACUGUUUAUGGACUGGGCAAACAGGAACAGGUUGUGAAACCACAACCCCAUUGAGAGGAGGGAAAACCUUCUUUACUGUGUGUGUAAACGACAUGUGCGCAUAUGAAAGCAAAGUGUGUGUGCAUAAAAGAGAGACACAUUAUGAGAAUAUUUCUAGCUUAUACAUAUAGUACCCUUUUCAUGUGUUUCCUUCUCCUAUGUGGCGGGCGGGAACCGCAGCCUCCUUUCUUCCAUCACGGAGCCCACCCAGCCGCAGGGCAGCGAGUCCCCAGCCUACGAGGCCAUUCAGCCCCCUUCCGUGACCCCCGAAGAGGGGGAUCAGGAAAAGGUGGAGCACGGGGGCAUCAAGAGGGUCUGCUUCAUGGUGACGGAGGAGGACCAAGAGGACUCAGGCCAAGACACCAUGAGCUACAGGGACUCCUACAGGUAAGAUAAGAACGACUUAAGAUAUAAUGGUGACUUGUUUCAGGAAACUAAGCGUAUGUCGCGCAUCACUACUUCACAGGAGAGCCAUUUGAACGUAAACUUUAUUUAUUUAUCAAAGUGCGUUUUUUGGCAGAAAUGCCUUCUGGAACAUGUGAACUUUCAUGUGCCUGUAUACCAUCUGUAAAUACGAAUAACAUUUUGAAAUUACGAACCUAGUUGGUUUAGCCAUAGAAAAAGACAGGAACCUUCCCACUACCCAUGAUUGGCUGAGAUAAUGAGUGGGCUGGACAUGCCGAGAGAUCGUGUUUUGAAAUCAUUAGAGUAUGAUAGCUAAGGAGAUGGAGAAAACAUCCGGAGACAGGUGAUGGCAUCUGAGGGAGAAGCGUCCAUCCGUGUAUACGGGUAAGAUGGUCUAGCUAGCUACAUUUUCAGAUAUUACACAUUUCUAAUUUUGUCAGAAAGUCAUUUUCAUUUCAAGUUAAAAUGUACUGUUAGCUAGCUAGCUAACGUUAGCUGGCUGGCUCGCUAAUGUUACGUGUAUGAUCUGUGUAGUAAUAUUAUUCGUAUCUCAGAGCCAUUUGCUUUGCUAGUUAUAGCAUAAUGUUAGCUAGCUAACAUUGAACCUGGUUGGUUAGCUACCUGCAGAUUCAUGCAGGGUAGUAAUGUCAUGAGUUGGAAUUAUGGUUCAUUGUUUAGCUAGCUAGCUAGCUACAUGUCUUAACAAAAGACUCCACCAUGCAAGUAACCAUUUCAAUAGAAUGUGCAUGAUGUCAAUGCGACAACUGUUGAUAGACGUUGCUGGUAAAUUCGCUCUGGCUAUGUACUCCGAUUUCAGAGCACUCUCGUCUGAGUGUGCCAGAGCGCAGAAUAACUGUCAAAUUUACAAACGCUCAACACCAGUUGAAUAUGGCCAGUGUCAGUAAACGUUGGCAAAAAAGCAUAAUUAAAGUGUUGCCAGCAGCACAGCAGAGCUGGUUAGCAGAGUCUAACCAGCUCUUCUAGAGCAAGUAAAAUGGUCAGUGAGCUGUUCUCUCAUUUGUGUCUGGAAGUAGGUAGCAAGCUAGCCAACGUUAGCCACUUAGCUUGGGUGCUUGACUGCUGUUGUUAGGACAGAAUGUUCGGAUCAACCCUACUCCUCAGCCAGAGCGUCCAGUGUGCGCUCUGAACGCUCCGAGAGCGAAACGCUCUGAAUUUCCGAACGGACACUGAGUUUACAGGCGGGGCUAUAGUUUAAGAGGGUGUGAACGAUGCUGAAUGGGUGUAGACAAAGAAGAGCUCUCCAGUGGGUGUACCAAAACAUUCAAAGGCCCUUUUCUCAAAAGUGAGGUUACAAGUUGAUCAACUUUCAAAGCAGAAUUACUUUCCCAUUGUUCCUCAAUUGUAGUGUAUGCUAUACCAUUUUCUAGCUCUGAGUCUCUACUUUUAUACAAUGUAAAAAACACAAUUUCAAAUUUUGCUACGUAAGACCGAAUCGAGCCGGUCGGUCACAUUAGAGUUAAAAUAAGACAAAUUAACUUUCUUGUCCCCCAAGGAAAAUUAGUCUUGGACAUUUAAUGUGCUGCUGCUUCCCAUUGAAAUAUCACAGAUUACCAUCGUACUAAUAGUUGUGCAGUAGGUUAAAAGGUGUAGGUAGAGUAGAAAGUAAAGGAUAACCCUUACCACUGAUCCAGGGUCAGAUCAUGUUUAGAUAUUUCUUCAUCCUCUGUAAUGGUUGAGGUUAGUAUUGGGGGAUAGAGUAAUCUGAUCCUAGAUCUGUGGUGGAGGGCAGCUAUCUUGUGGUUGAGAAACACAAUGUGAACUCCAAACAGGGGCCAUCAUUCCUAUGCCACUCUGUUUCCCUUAGGCACUAUUCUAGGAUCAGGUCACCCUCUACUACUCUGUUGGUGCAAACGAGAAUGUGCUUUUAAUCAAUUCACAAUGGUAAAAUAAAGGGUCAUAAAAAGCUAAAAGUACAGUGAAGAAAACGGGUAGCCCUGGCAAACUAAUACCAAGUGUUGUUUCCCAAUUUCAUGUACUAGCUUCAUGUGAAAUCACCAACAACAAAGAUUUCCCCAUAGUUUUAUUUAUAUUUCCCACUGUGACGACAUGGUUUCCCUUACUCUCCCAAUAGGUUCCAGAUUUACCUCCUCGCCAGCUUGAGUUCAUUCAGAUAGUUGGCGGCGGUGGUGUCAUUUAGGCGCCAGUCCACGGUGUCCGCCCACUACCACCAACUAAGAGCAGUGGUGGGCUCCUGGCGAGAGCACAGUGUGUAACAGAGGCUAAUUUAGUAGCCUGCUUGCCUCUCUCUCUGACCAGUCUGUCAUUACAACUAGAACAGCUACUCCUUCUAGCCAACAACCUCCCACCGUUCAGGGCAUAGUGAGCUCACUGAGGUUGCGUCUGCAGUAACACCCUAUUCCCUAUUUAGUGCACUACUUUUGGCCAGACCCUCAUGGGCUCUAGCCAAAAGAAGUGCACUAUAUGGGUCUAGCCAAAAGUAAUGCACUACAAAGGGAAUAGGGUGCCAUUUCGGACACAGCCUCAGUUUGGCUAGCACUGUUUUGGAAACACCCAGCGAAAAUACAGUACAUGGCAGGGUUAGUAGUGUAAGGUUAGCAUUUAGCUAACCUCAUCCCCAGGCUGUCACACGGAAGAGGCUGGGAACGAGAUUAGCAUUUAGCAUGCUAGUAGAAACACAUGGAGAGGGUGCUAUAGGUUUGAUGCUGGUUGUCCGUCCAUCCAAUGUGCUCUGGGACCCGGUGAGAAGCACUUUAUAAAUGCAUGAAGUUCAUGAAGAUUGGAGAGAAAUGGAGAGAGGCAUACAAAGAAUUAGGGAAAGAGUUAGGUGAAGGUCAACAGCAAAAGACAGACUGAGGGAGCGUUUUAGUGAGGAAAAUGGAGGGAGAGACACCACAAUCAGACAGUGAGUGAAAGGAGAGAGAUGUAUGGAUGCAGACAGAGAGAAGGUGGGUAACAUGCAGAGAGACUGAAAAGGUACGAAAGAGAGGUAGGUGUACACCCACCAUCAGUCUAGUUUGUCUCUCAGACAGUCAGUCUUGUCACAUCUGGAGAGGGUGGGCUGCUCCAAACCUACCAUGAGGUGCGACUAAAUUUGGAACCCUCUCCCAGGAGAGCGUGCGCGCACGUGUAUGUGUGCGCGUGCGUGCGAGAGUGUCUGUAUGUGUGGAGGAGAGAAUCAAAGCCAAACUCCCAUGUGUAUUACGUAAAGGUUGGCACUUCAGUCCCAGCUCGUCGGGAAUGAUCCAGCAUUCCAUUGGGAGACACAUUAAGAUAUACACAGUUUAUAGGACAGGCAAUAAUAGAGACAACACCCCGACUCACAAACAACUCACUAAGCUGUAGUGGCUUCCAGUGGUUUCCAGUUUACAUUGUGGGCCAGUUUGUCGCUGAGCCAAGCUGGAUGAUUAUAGUAAAACAAAGUGAUUGUUUUAGUGGGAAGCACGAUGACAAUGCUACUUCUGGCUCCAUAAUCCCAUAUGAUUCAGCAUUUACAUCUUAAAUCCACGACGCGCACAGAAAUGUUCACAAAAGUAGGUCUGCCUAUUAAAAUGCAUUUCAAAUUUAGGGAUAAUUGGAGGAGAAUAAAUAUUGAGCAUUAAAGGGAUGGUUCAGCGAAUUUCGUACUUAUUUCCUUAUUUUAAAAGCACUCUAUGGACAAGGAGUGACGGCAAUCCAAACUUUGGUUUUGUUAAACUAGCCAUUGGAAUAUGUACUUUUUUUCUGAAUUAUCCCUUUAAGGCAAAAACUUUGGAGUUGUGGAGGCAUGUGAUCUUCUUUUAAUGUUUUUGUAUCAUUUGACUUCAACUUUUCUGGUAUGUAUUAUUUUAACAAUCUUAUUUGGGACAUUGGUGUUGCCACACCUUACGACAUUAUAGUGGAAUACAUUUUAGUCAUGCCAGUGAAGUAAGUUGAUGGUUGUGAGAAGCAUUUGACUGCUGCUCGCUCUGCCUAUUAAAUUAUGCAGUUAGUCAGUCAGAUUAUUUGACUGGAUAAUUACAAGACAGACUCCACAUUUGACUUUGUGGUUUUUCUGUAGGGAUUGAAUGAUUUUGUUAUUCAACUGUUUCUGACUAUCUCCCUCGCUCUCUGUGUGUGUGUUUUCAGUGAAUGUAACAGUAACAGGGAUUCCGUCUUGUCGUACACAAGUGUACGUAG